CUAGGUUCUUUGUGCACUCGGCAUACGCUGACUGCAUUGGUAAUUUGUCAACUGCUUUUGUCGAUCAUGUUAGCGCACAGUCUACAUAACCAGCAUGUUUCUCGCCUCACGUGCUGUGUUCUUGCAAUUUUGUACAUUUUUUGGAUAUGACAGAUCGAUACACGGACAAGAGAGCAAGAUAAUUGGGUCUAUUAGCCCCAUACCCCAAGGGGGCGAGUAAAACAGGCUUGCUAUCGAGGUUGUUGCAAGCUUCCAGUCACAGUGGAAAUAAGCCAGCUACCACUCAGGUGCUCUUUGGCAUGGAUAAAUAUUCCUUCGAGAAGUGACCUUGUCAUUUGCGGUGCUUCAGCGCCUUGUGCCGCGGAUAGUAUAUCUGAUCUUUAAUGGAAAUCUGUUUGGAGAGAUGUCAGGAUAUAUACGUCUUUUUAAAAUGUGUUUGUUUUGUGAUCUUUCUAAUGGAAUAGUAAUGAAGGAUACUGGGGCUACGACAGAUUGAUGUUUCCGGAUUUACACACGUGAACAUGCUAUAAGGAACACUCUGUUGCUAUAGCAACAACGUUCUGGACACGUGCACGUCAUUGGAGUCAACAGUCUUGACCAGCAAUAUGUACACGAAACGUCUACAUCAUGUUUGGAUUGACCCCGAAGGGAUGUCGAUACGGAUUCCUUUCCUUUCGUAGAGUGGAGACUCUUUACCAUUUGGAGAAAAAAAAUGCGUGUGCUGAGUGUAUGAUUUUCAUUUGACUGGUCACGUGUCGAGGGGAUUAUCGCCCUUUGUUUUUGAAUCUUUGACGCAUAGUUCACCCGCCACUGGACACAAGGAUUCUUAAACCUCUUUAAGGACUUUAUUACCAUGGACUUCUGUCAUACCACAGAAUAUAUCUCCUAAAAUUCUAUCAACAUCACUCCUUUUCAACUUUUUUCAACUUUUGCUUGUAUUAACGUGCGUUGAUGCAUUGUACAAUCUUGUCUUUGAUGGCGAAUGAUGAAACAGUUUCAUUUCUGUACUUAGUACCAGAAACACGUGCCAUGUUCAGAAAGCUCAUCAAGCGAUUUUGAGACUGAAACAAGAAAGUGCAUAUCAGAAAGAAACUUAUCCAUAGAAAUAUGAAGAUUUAGAGUUGAAAGAUCUCGGAGGAUAUUAUUUGCUGUUAAUUAGCAAGAACUGUGAACCGUUUUGGACAAAACGAUCGACUUGAUUGAACAAAGAACCUUGUCUUCUCAUUCUCUACCUCGCGACCCUUAGUCGUAGCAGCGUUUGAUUUGCUUACACGCACAAGAGGUGCGUAAAUAUUGGAUUGCAACUCUGCGUUGUUCUGUCGCUAUCCCGUGUAUCCACCAAGCCAUCAACUCGUUGAUUAUGUAAUGGCGAUGACAAUUUCUGUGCUUUAAAGACUCUGUUGUGAAAGCAACUCACAGCGUGAUUUUCCUGCAGCGACAUCUUUUUCAUCUCUUAAGUCAUGGGGACGAAAAACAUCGACCAGAACAUACAUCUGUUUGCUGACGACGACGAUGAUUAUGGCGUCUACGCCAUCUCCUCUGUGUCGUUCCCUUCUCACAUAAGAAAGCUUCUCCCAGCGUCCGAAAACCACAUGUUGGAAUACAUGGCGCUCGAACGAGCCCGACGUCGGCUCCGUAACGUCAUCAUCGCCCUCGCGAUCUUCGCUAUCUGCGCAACGUUGCUGUCCGUGUCCCUCGUCUUCGGCUUCCAGCGUAAAGAAGAUGAUGUAACUACACAGAACCCUUCCCAACCAAAGCUAACUUGGGAGACAUCUAAAAUCCAAACAGUGAUUACUCGCUUGAACUCCUCACAAGAUCAUUCUAGUCAUGCAGCGAAAUCUCCUUCCUACAUCGUGGCCAAUAUCCCUCCGUAUAUAGUCAAGAGCCGUACCCGGUGCGUCAAGAAGUGUUGGGCCUACUCUGCAUUCAGGUUUCGAGCCUCGUGCGAGGAGGGCUACUGCAUCUGUAACGCCGACAACUACGACUCACUCACCUGCCUACCGGUCGUAGAUAGUUGCAAUAUUCGGAAGAACGGGAAGGCGAAAGCGGUUGCUGUUUUGAAAGGCAAACAACAGAAGGUGUUCAGUUGCCAGUCGGAAGUAACCACGGAAAGUGCCGAUCUUCAUGUAUUAAGUAUCUUCGGCAAUCAUCGUUCCCUCUCGACGACAGUGGAAGUCAGCCGAAACACAUCCAAACCAGCUGUUCUGGCCCUAGUCAAUUAUCAUCCGGUCACGUGGAAAAUUAGGAUAAAGCCACAAGUUAAUCUUCAAAAAAUAAUUUUGGUAUCGUACAACCAUUUAGCCCAUACUUCGGUCCUCUUUGAUUUCCACGAGGACCACGAAUACCCCCAAGUUCUCCGUCUCUACUCCCAGACGGGGUACGGGGAAGACCGAUACGGAGGACACACACCCGUACUCAUCAACAACAUUCAGAGAGAGUUCGGGAAAGUGAAGACGUUCUCGGGAACAUCCCACGCGGACGAGUGGUUUCUCGACCUUUCCUGAGCAAGAGCAUUGCAUCAGUGAAGCCGAGUUGACAGCAUGUGUGAUUGUGUGAAAGUGUAAACCAGUGACACGGAUUUGUUGUGAAGAGUCCGUGUGGACAUAUUUAGCCGGACCUAUGUGCAUGCACCAGGGCUGUGUCAUAGGGACAGCCUUUUAUAUGACAGAUCAGUUAUGGAUGACGUGAUGAGAAAUGAUGAUUCUUUGAAGAGGCUCGGUCCCUCUUAUCUGUGUUGAAUUGACGUUAACGAGAUGUGUUUGAUGGCGUUGGUCCCUCCGUAGUAAGCAGUCCAGGAUGGUCCUGUUCCUGGACAUGGGAGCAGUGAGAUGGGUACAUGGACCAGUUGGAUAAUAUGUCAUGUUGUGCUUGGUGCAUUACCAACGAAAGAGACCUGCAUGGUGGUUGCUGUGGACAACAGUGUUUGGGAAAAGGCUCAGCAUCACAAAUUCAUUUCAUGUGCAGUUAGAAUAGGUCUUCAGAAACCCAUGGGUCAUCGUAUCCGAAUUGUGUAUUUGAGGAGAAAUAAAUGUGCCAAACGCCA